GCCAACUCCAUGCUGCAUGCUGUGCUGGCCGCCUUGUCAUAUAUACAACGAAAGGGCGACCGUGGCAUAACUUGAAUGCUGCUUCAGGCACGUCUCUUGUACUCCAGUUAGCUGUACGGAAGGACGGCCGUAACGUUACCGUGUUGAAAGAACUCGCGGCGCUGGUGAUGCCCAAGUACACGAACGUGGCCCGGACGUUUCGCCAACCGCCGAUCGAGUCGGCGCCCCCAACCCCACGUCGACGGCAGGGAAGGGAGGCGCACCAGACCCACGAAGAACCGUUCAUCGACGACAUUGACUCGCAGAUCCAUCAAGGUACUGAUCCCGUGCGCAUCCUCGAGACGGACCUAUACCUUUGGAAAUCGUGA